CGUAUAUAACAUUGAAAUCCAUACACAAUCUCAUCCAACGAUGCAAAAAUACACAUAUGCAUUCUUUCUCUCACUCCAUUCCAUUUCCGGGAUUUGCAUUUGCAUACAUACACUUACCUCUCUGGUCUCUAGCUAUAGCACAAGAUAUGGGUAGCAGUUAUUUUGGAGAACCUAACUUUGGAAAUGAAAGAGCAAGUUGUUCUUCUUCGUCAAGAAAAGGGAAGAAGAGCCACAACUCAGACAAGCCAAAGCAACCACAGAGAGGUCUUGGAGUUGCUCAAUUGGAGAAAAUCAGAUUACAUGGCUAUCACCCUUCUCUGCACGCUCCUUACCCUUCUAAUUUUUCCAACGAAGAUCCAAGAGUGCAAAUAGCAUAUUCAUCGGUGCCAUCAUCUUCUUUUUCUUACUCAUCAUCAUACGCAGCUUCCUAUGGAUUCCAACCCAACAUCAUGAUGGGCCUAUCCGAAUAUCAAAAAACAAACAUCAGAUAUGGAGAUUCUCAGCCAACUAAUACAGCAAGAUGGGAAACUACCAGCGUCAUCUUGGAGAGCCAGUAUUCUGCUCCAUCCAACAUAGCUCGACCCUUUCUAAACCUAAAUGACACGCAUCAAGACAUAGAUACAAGGAAGCAUAGGAACGGUUCUGUGGGCUCAAGCAGUCAGAACUCCGAAUCAAGUGACACUCAAGAACUAGAUUUAGAGCUUAGAUUAUCUCUUUGAUCUGCCACUUAUAAAUGCAGUGAUAUGUUCUCAUAUGAUUAAUAUUAUAUUGUUGCGCUUUUGUUUACAAUUGAGAAUUGCAAAAGCACAAAAAAAUUGAACAGGCCAAUAUAUGUGUUUUUUUUCUAAGUUUCAAUUGAAGGAUAUGUCCUUAUCACUUGUGUAAUAGAAGAUAGAUUGACUCUUUGCAUAUAAAUCAAUGCAAAAUCUUUAUCCUUUUACAUGAACUCUCAAAGAAAUGAGAAGUUAUUAUUAUCUACA